AUGUCUCAACACGUGGCUGUUUCGUUAAUAUUGAUAUUUAUAUGUGUGUAUGUGAGAGCGCCACCUCCUAUGCGUGUUACUAUAGAUUGCCCGUCUGAUAAAAAAGGUACUCCAACAUCUAGAUUCAGUCCCAAAGUGAAAGCUGACAAUAUCAACGGCGAAUUCAACGUAGGAUCUUUAUGUAACCUCAUCAACAGUGCUAUACCAAAAGCUGUGGAAGACGGCCGCUUUAUACUUCUCGAAGAUAGGUACGACGAUCAAGAUGGCUUCGGCGAUACCUUACUUCCAAUAUCUGCAGCACCCCCCGCAGGAUUUAUACCAAAACUGCAAAAAAUUAAACCACCAAGAUUGCGGAUUCCGAAAUUGAAGGUGCCGCCGUUAGGUUUGUUUCCAGGUACAAAAGGUCCACGCUUGCCCCCAAAACUUGGUACAGGAACGAUAUUUACUCCAAGAGCUGUCGAGGAAGAGACUAGUGCGGAAAGAAUGGAAAAAUUCAAGAAAGGUGUUCAGAAAAUGUUGCACAUAGUCAAAGUUUUGGGUCAGAUAGAUCAAUACAUAUCGGAGAGGACACGCAUAAUUGUUGAUAAGUUGUCCAAGACUUUUGCUGACUAA